AUGACGACGGAUAUUUCUGCCGAUGACGAAACAUCAGCUGAAGCUGAAAUCGAAGCCGUACCAGUAAAGGUAAAGCUAACGAAAGCAGAGAAGAAACUUGUGCACGGCAGAAACUAUCCAGAAAUUGUAAAGGAGAGACGAGAAGUGUUAAAGGUGGAUUAUAUGAGAUGUAAAAGGAAAGAUUUUCGAUUUUUAGCUCCAUCACAAUGAAAGCGAGGAAGUCAGGAAGCUUCUGAACCAAUAUUUUGACGAAGACGACGCGAAUCCAGAUGAAAAUUUAUUUUAUAUUGUUGGGCAGCUUUUUCUGAGCAUGCCAGACCGAAUGCAGCACAUUGGAGAUCCUAGUAACUUGGCUGGUUUUUUUAAAUAUAUAAUAUUAUAAUUAAUAUAACUUUCUAAGCUUUGGUGAUCGACACGUUUGCGAAAUGGCUCGGUAACAAAGAUGGAGCUGCGCUUAAAGCAAAAUAUUUGAAUCAUGAAAUUCGGGUAAGAAUGUGAAAAAAAUAACAUUAGUUCUUUAAGUUAUUGGAUUUGAGGUUGAUGCUCUGAAAGCAUGUGGCGGGAGAGCUGCUGUAUUUAUGGACGAUGUCAAAGAACUCUUCGAUUUAAAUGAAGCCGAACUUGUUCAAGAUGUUGACACCGAAAUCAAGGUAAUAAAUUGAUAGAAAAUCAAUAGAAACGAAAUUUUCAGAGCCAUCUUGCCAAGAAAAACUUCAAAGAGGCCAUGGAAAUGGCCCAGAAUUUCGGUGUGAAGCAAAAUUAUAGAUUCGGAGACUUUUUGGUACAAUUAUUGUUACAAGUGAGAGUGAAAAUGUGGUUUUUUGCAAACUUUGUUUUCUAGGACAAAGCCCAGUGCGUUCAUGAAUACAUCAAAGAUCAGCCGAAACUUCAAAAAGAUCUGGUUCUAUUUUAUGAUGACCUCGUGGCCAAAAGUGAUAUGGAAGUGGAAGCAACCUUGAGGCCCUACAAAGAGGAUAUGAAGCUACCUCUUGAACGGUUUUGUGGUUAGUUUUAUGUUAUAUGAAAGUUGAGGGAAUAAAGUUAAAAGUUUAUUUUUUUCUGUGUUUUGUUAAAAUUGCCAAUUAUCAGUUUUUAAGGAUGACUUUUUUGAACUGAAAAUUUUCUUAUAUUCAUGGCAAUUUUUCCAAAUGAUCAACGAGAAAAGUAGAAAAUAUAAAUAAUGAUUUAAAAUGAUAAAAGCUAAUUUUUGACCUAAUGAAAUUUUGGAAUGAAGCAAUUCCAGGUGCUGCAUAAAUAAAUGAAAAAGUAUUUUUCAAAAAACCCCCAAUCACCUUCUAAAAUGACUUGUAAGAAACCGGCACCAUUCGAUCAAAAUACAAAUUAAAGGCAAAACUAUGGAGAAGACGAUAAACGCGUUGUUUCACAAGGUCGCCAAGCAGUACAACUACCAGAUCGACCAGUCGAUGGCGCCACGGUUCACCCAGCAACAGUACCACAAACAGCUCCGUCACAACGUCUGCUGUCGCUACGAUCCGAAUUCCAAAACUCUUCAGACCGACGAGAAUUUUUUCCAGGGCUGUAGGGUGCAUUGACCUUUUUUUCUUUUGAUCAAUCUAGAACUUUCAGAAGAUUCUGACAGAUAAUACCCAAGUUCAAAACUUCUUCCUUCACUUUCUCUGGAGCUCCAAUGAGUAUAGGAAGCAGUGAGGCAGUUGAAUCGCCUUCAGAAAUUUCAAUUUUGCCUUAUUCUAGAGUUGACGCCGUCAGUUGGAAGAUCCACCUCAAUAUUCCGGAUGGAGUUGUUCCGGGAGCUAUGCGACGGGAAAUGCCCAAUCUGCCUGGGAUUCAGCGGGACGCCGAGGAAUUGCUCAGGAGAAGAAUGUGAAUAGUUGAAAAAGGGUUUAAAAAAUGAAAAAAAAACUCUUCCUGGGAAUUUUACUCGGAAAUUUUUGUUUUUUUUUAAUUUUCAGAGAUUGAGCUGUAUUUUUUUUUAACAGCCUCAGCCUUACCGGUAUAGUAUAAGCCGUACUGAGGCAUUUGCGAACUUCUAAGAUAGUUAUACUUUUUUUAAUGACUUUUCAAGAAUUUAGUGAGAAGGAUAGUGAUGAAAAAAGUUUAGGUUAUUUUGUAAAAAAAAAAAAAUGAAAAAUUAAUCAAAAAAAGUUGAAAACAGUUCUGUUCAGAAAAGAGCAAAAAGUUGCUAGCGACGUGAUGGAAGUGACGUUUGAAGGCGUCGAAAUCAAAAUCUUUAUCGUCUCCAAACCAAAAUUGUUCUGCCAACUUAUCGAAGAGCUCGAAAUAUUUGCAAAUGAACCUGGAGAACGACUAAUUGGUUUUGAUUCCGAGUGGAAGCCGAAUUAUACCGAGUUGGAACACUUUUUGAGACAUUCCUAAACUAACUUCUACAGCUAUCAGAGCAAAAUGGGUCUGAUGCAGAUGUUUUUCAAUGGAAAAGUUUAUAUAUUGGAUGUGGCAACGUUGGAAGCGGAUGGAUCUGUGGGUUCUGAUAUGUGGUGUCGGUUCGGCGAUGCUCUUUUCUGCAGCACGGCUUUGAAAAUAGGUUGAAAUUUUGCAAAUUAAUUUUUUUUAAGGAUUUUUUUGUAACAGGUUUUUGACCUGAAAAAAACGAUGUGGAGGCGUUUUUGAGUUUGCCGAAAAAGUUGGACGAUUGGGCGGGACGCGAGAAACUCAAUAACAUGUUUUGUAUAAAGCGGUUUGGGGAGAAUGUGAGUUUUGGGAGGAAAUUUCGAAUUUGGCAGCGUCUAAAUUUCAACCUGACUUUAAAUUUAGCGAUUAUCGAGGUUUUCUUGAAUUUGGCAGCGCCCAAAGGUGACGAGUUAGUCUUUUUUGAACUAAUAUAGGGAUUGCUAAAGGUUCUGUGUUGAUAAUUUGAUGAAACUUGGUAUAUAGGUACUUUAGGACACCCUGGUUCCAAUAAAGUUGAAAAGGUGCUUCGUUUGCGUUUUGCAUUGGUUGGAAGGAUGAAAUGUGUCACGGCGGCGAAAUUUGAGAUGCCAUAACUCGGCUAGAACGGAAAAGGAGCAUUUUUUUCAAGUUUAUUGAAAACAGGAUGUCCUAAAAUACCUUUAUACCAAGUUUAAUCAAAUUCUCAACUCACCACCUUAUGCACUCCUCGUACAAGUAGCGCUUAGCUUCUUGUGUGUUUAGUUUGGCGAAAAUUUAGCAUCGCAACAUAAAGUUUUUUUUUCAACAUUUUAAAUUUUAAUAAUAUAUCAAAGAGGUUUUUGAUCAUUUUAGAAGAAUCUCAAUAUUCAAAUGCAAAAAUAAUGAUCUUUUAAGUUGGUUCCUAUCUUUCAGAUGAACGAUGUCAAGACAGGCGCUCUCGGUAUGAAGACGUUCAAACUCAGCGAAUUGGCGGUCAAGUUCUGCAACGUGGAGCUGGACAAGAGGGAGCAGUGUAGUGACUGGUCGGCGAGACCUCUUCGGCCCUCUCAAGUCACCUACGCCGCGAUGGAUGCCUGCGUCGUCGUCGCCAUAUUCAAAUGUCUUCGUGAUUUAGCCAUGUCUGUAUUUCGACUUUUGAAUUUGCUAUUUUUCUUUUUGUGUUCCUUGCAUCAAGAGUUUCCAGGGAGGUCGGGAUAAACGAGGAAGAAAUGGACACGAUAAUUACCGACGCCAUGUCAAAUUCACCGAAAAAGGAUAAAGGGAAAAAAGCGAAGAAGAUGGACGCGAUGUCGUGGGCCGAGGUUCACGAGGCGUUCCGCGAUGUCGUUAAUCCGAAGAGGCAGAAAAUUCGACCAAACCAACUGAAUGUACUGGUCGACACCAUGUUGCUUGGACUGGGCAAACAUUUGAGGUACGAAAACACUUCUGAAGAACUUCAAACUGAGAAUGUCUGAAAGCCAGGAGCAAGUCUUUUUAAAAUUUGGCAGCGCCUAAACUCUCUUCAAAUUUGGCAGCGCCUAAACUCUCUUCAAAUUUGGCAGCGCCUAAACUCUCUUCAAAUUUGGCAGCGCCUAAAGGUUCCUUAAAAUUUGGCAGCGCCGAAAGUUCCUUCUAAAUUGGCAGCGCCUAAACUUUCUUCCAAUUUGGCAGCGCCUAAACUUUCUUCUAAAUUGGCAGCGCCUAAACUUUCUUCCAAUUUGGCAGCGCCUAAACUUUCUUCUAAAUUGGCAGCGCCUAAACUUUCCUCCAAUUUGGCAGCGCCUAAAGUUUCUUCUAAAUUGGCAGCGCCUAAACUUUCUUCCAAUUUGGCAGCGCCUAAAGUUUCUUCUAAAUUGGCAGCGCCUAAACAUUCUUCCAAUUUGGCAGCGCCUAUACUUUCUUCAAAUUUGGCAGCGCCUAAAGUUUCUUCUAAAUUGGCAGCGCCUAAACUUUCUUCCAAUUUGGCAGCGCCUAAAGUUUCUUCUAAAUUGGCAGCGCCUAAACUUUCUUCCAAUUUGGCAGCGCCUAAACUUUCUUCAAAUUUGGCAGCGCCUAAACUUUCUUUAAAUUUGGCAGCGCCUAAGCGGGGGUUUUUCAAAAGCCUUCUCAAGUUCGAAGCCUGCAUAAGCUUUUACUCGAGUCAUGCGCGAAAAUAUUAAUCUUGAAAUUGUUAAAUUCUCUAAUGAUUUUCAAGUUUUCUGAUUUCCAAUUUGAAUUUUUAAAAAACGUUGAAUUUCUUUGUUAAGCGAAAAAAAAAGAUUUCAGACGAGUUGGCAUCGACGUAAUAAUCCCCAACGAUAACCGUCAGUUCACGGAAAUGGUCCGUCAAGCCAAAAAUCAUGCCAACGAAGGCGUGAGGAGGAUAAUUCUGACCGUGUCUGGGAAGUCAAAUACCAAGGUGCUUAGACGAUAACUCCGACUUGAGAGCCUUUUCUCUCACAAAAAAAAAUCCUCGAAUAAAUUGUACUGAUUUUUCGAUGAGUUACUUAGGUAAAUAAACAAAUACUGGUGCUUUGAAUACCCGAAUAAUGAAAAAAAUGUCAAGAUUUUGUGUAAUUUCGCGCCUUGUUUGGCUUUUUUGGCGCCUGCAUAACCGCGGAAGCCUUUCAUGUUUCAAAAAACGAAAAAUUCGAAACGCUUUUUUCGGUACCCCAAAAAAUUUAUUAUGAAUUAAGCCUUUUUAAUACUUUCAAACCAAUAUUGAGGCAAUUUACAGCUAAGCUCCACUGUUGAUUCUUCAAUGUUGUUCUGCUUGCCAAACGGUAGCUCAAUGGCGCCAAUGGAGCAACUUCGCGCCGUUUUGCAACAUUUCAAUGUUGAACUGCGGGCUGAGGACAUCUUUAGUCGGUGUAUGGUUAGUUUUUUAGUAAUAAGAAUCUUGGAGAAGAUUGAAAAAUCGUGGAAACCUCACUCCUAUGGAAUUUUAAAACGAUUUUUUCGAAAAAAAAUUUUUAGAUCGGAUAGUUUCUGAAUUCAAGUCUAAUACAUAGUAUUCCAAAGGUUGAACAUUUUCCUUGAAAUUUUCGACGGUGAUAAUUUUUUUUUCACCCAGUUGUAGGGCUUCUAGAGCUUCUCCCAAAUUUGGCAGCGCCUAAGAAUUGGGAACUUUUUGGGAAUUGGGAAGCACCUAUAUCCUUUUUUAUUUUUAACAAAUGUCGUUUUGAUCUUUUCUAAUCACGUAAAUUCAAAAAAAGAGCCUUGUUCGGUCAGGAAUGCAACUCUUCAUCGUUCCUCCGAGUGCCUUGUCCCGUCGUCCAUCUGCUGCACAACUACUUUGGUGUGCACCUCAACAACAACGUCUACGGCGACACCACGUUCCCAUUCGAUGGUUAAUGAGUUGGAAAACUUUUCGAUCAAGUCUUUUCAGAAUGAAAAUGGCGAGAAAAUUUUAAAAACGGUUUUAAAGAUUUUUUUCGACUCGGAUCAAAGUUUUUUUUUUUUUGGGUAAUCAAGGCAUUUUUUCACUCAAUAAUAACACUCGAUUCAGCUCUUCAUUCAUCUUUAAGCUCAAAUAAAUUAAAUCUAUGAUAUUUCCUUGAAACUUUUUCCGAUCUAUACAGCUGGAAAACUUUCACAAGACGUUUUAAUAAUUACAGAAUGGGUCAGAAAGCUGGAAGCGCUGAACCCGGAGAAAUACGAUGGAAUCCGUGUUGAGAUUUUCCGUGAGAAAUUCAACGACGAAAGAUUUCCCGACGAGGAGGAUUAUAUCGUUGCCAAUGUCGAGGAGGGAGACAUUCAUCUCACGUUUGUUUUUUGUGAACUCUCGAAAAAUUUGAACUAGUUUUUUUGAACGAAUUUUGAAUUAUCUUGGCGCAUUGAGCAUUCUAAAUUAGCAAGAUUUUUUCAAAACUUGAGUUGAAAUUUUUUUUUUCACGUUAUCUGACUUACUGACAAGUUUAAUGAAACUAUUAUAAGGGCUGCUUCGAAAGUUUUUGGAAGCUUUUUUUCCAUUUUUUUAAAGCUAAACUGUUUUUUUUUUUUGACUUCUCGGUCCUGGAAAACUUUUCGAAAAUUUAUUUACGAAUUUUUUUGUUUUUACGCACCUAAAAUUUUCUUUGAUCGUUUUUUUUCUGACCGGUUUUGUAGCUAUUUCGCGGGUUUUAUAUUAUUGGAUAGUAGUACUUGAAUCUCUCAGACCUAAUAAUUUUUUGAAAAUUCAGCUUUUGGAAUUUAAACUGAACCUCAGAACAUUGAUCCAAACGAAAAAAGUAUAUUUUUCAGAAGAAACGUAGUUCUUCAUCGGAACCAAGACGAACCAACGGAUGUUCGCAUUUCCAAGGUUCUCAAUCCCAAUAAUUAGUUGAUUGGAUUUCGAUGAAUUUUUAAGGUUCCCGAGGACGCAUUUCACGUCGUCGAUCGCAUUUUCUUCAUUUGUGGCGAGUGCGGUCGCGUCUAUUGGGAUGGUCGUCACGUGGAAAAUUAUGUUGAGGUUCAUUUUUUGAUAUUUUAAGGGGAUUAGAGUUUAGAAAAAGAGUUGAAUUUAGGGAUGAGAAAAAAAAUUUGGAUUUUGAAAAUUGAAAUUUGACGUCCUGCAAGAUCUUGCAGGGUUGUUAUCCUUUUUCAAAACAGAUUUAUUUUUCGGGCGUUUUUUCAUAAAUUUCUGUCAAGAAAGGAUAUUCUGUAAUUGAAAAGCUGUUUAUAGCUUGCUUCAAGUUUUGAGAGUUUUUUUUUCAAAUUUUAGUGACUUCUGUAGUUCAUUAAAAAGCUAUGAAGGUUCCUUUUUUUUGCAGUGAAUUACGAUUUUCUAUAGGUUUUUUUUUCCCAAAAAGAAGGUUUAUAUCGUGCUUUGGACAUUUUAACAGAGAAAAUUGCUGUUCUUUUGAGAAUUUGAAAAUUUUUCGGUCAAAAAUUAUUUUAAAAUCUCGUCUCUUUAUUCUUGAAACUUCCUGUUAAUAGGUAGUUUUUUCUGAAAAAAUACAAUUUUUUCACGGUUUGAGUCUUUUUUUUCUCACCCUUUCUUAAAUUUGGCAUACCCUAAAUUAUUAGAAACUUUGAAUUAUCAAAAUUUCCCAAUAAUAACCAGCCUUUUUAGGCUUUGGAAAGGAACCAAAUGGAAGUGCUUGGCUGCAGAAAUGGCCAUAAAAAAACGUGGGAUUUUUUUCUGGAUUCUAAGUUUUACUAACACUAACAUUCUCAUUACUAAUAAAUUCAGCUUUCAUGAAAUUUUUUUUAUAAAUCGAGAAUUUUACAGCCUGAAUCCCCGAAUACGGAAGAAACAGCCGUCGGUAGCAACAGUAACAUCUCGAUUUGA